UAUCAAAACCAACCAUAUACAACGAAGGACAUCGGACAGAAAUAGACACAAUCACGGUUAUACGAGGGCAAUCUGUCCAUUUACAAUGUAACAGCAUUUCUAAUCCACCACCAACGUAUAUGUGGUCAAUGCAAGGUGAAGUCAGUGCGCAAGGAACAUUUAUGAAUCAAACUAUCGAAAACGAUAGCGUCGUCGUCUGCAAUUCAAGCAAUUGCAUGGAUCCUACUGGAAAUACAGUAGUCUGUACGUCUAGAUUGGCGUACUUAAACAUUUCAACUUAUUUUCCACCGGACAAGCCUGUGCUUCGAUUAACUGCGUGUGGUAGUUCAGUGGUUUCAACAAGGACUGUUAAAAUAAUCGAAGGACAAUCCGUUGAUGUGUUGUGCACAUCUGUCAGCAACCCAGAGCCGAUAUAUAACUGGGCCUCAAGUAUUAUUCGACCUGGAAACAUAUUGUCCCUGGAAAAUGUGACUGCGAGUCAAAAUGGCACAUAUUCAUGCACAGCUACGAAUGAUAUGAACACCAUCUUUCACGGUGUGGUUAAAGGAACAAAUACGUCAGUGUUUUAUCUUGAAGUCCUAUUGCCUCCAAGAGUUCAUCAAAUGGUAAACUUGACAGUACUUUUGGACGCCAACCUGUCAGUUGUGUGUCCGUUCACUGUUGGCAAUCCUCCGUCAACAACUAUUGAGUGGAUUCGUGAAAAUAUGACACGUUCUUUAGGGCCAUCCGUAUCUAUAACAGGCAUCAAACUCACUGAUGAGGGGAGAUAUACAUGUGCAGCGUCUAAUACGAUGGAUCCUACUAAUUGCAAUUCACAAAAUGGUUAUUCUAGAACAAGUUUCCACUUAGAUGUACAGUAUGCUUCUAAGAUAACGAAAUAUUUUGCCAGUGGUUUGGAGAAUCAAAAUGUAACUUCUGUGAACGAUACGAGCAUGUGCAACUCGUGUGUGAGUUUGACAGUGACCCAGUAGCAAACAUAUCGAUAGUGAAUGGAACACGAAUGCUAGAGACAGGGCAAACUAAUACACUUAUCGCCUCCAUUUCCCACGCUCGAUGUGAAUACGAUGCGACGGUCUACAGGUGCCAGGGUGGCAGCAUACAUUCUACAGAGACGCAAGAACGCGAGCUAGAAGUCUUCAUUAAAUGUGCACCAAGACCAUCCCCAUUCUAUCCACCUGUCACUAACAUCUCGAGGACACUAAACGGAUCUGCGGUGCUGACGUUUACAAUAAAGGCGUACCCUAAACCGGAUAUAUCUGCGUACUCGUGGUACAGGCUAAAUGACUCAACUUGGGCAUCCAUUACGGAUGUGAACUCUGUGCAAAGCGUUUCAGCAGAUGGUCUGCAAACUAAUCUGUCUAUCCCCAGAUUACAGACCGAAGAUUUCGGACGAUAUAGGGUCACAGUUUUUAAUGAACUUGGAAAUGCCACACAGGAGUAUGAGCUACGAGCGCAUGACAAACCUGAAACGCCCAAAAAGCUCCAUGUCAAAGAAGGUUCCUUGGGUGUGGAUUCCUUUACAGUUGAAUGGGAACCAGGUUACCACGGUGGUGAAGACCAGACAUUUGUUAUUCUAUAUAAAGCGAAGCAGUCCGCAUUGCAGUGGACUGACGUGAAUGUGUCAUCUAAUACUUUGAAUUAUUCAAUUGUUGGGUUAAAGUCGGGGACAACAUAUUUGAUUAAAAUGUUUGCAAUAAACAUCGCCGGGAAAUCAGAAGAGACAGACGUCGUUACAGCUAGAACACACGUAAUUUUGGCUGAUUCUCCAUCUCUGUUAACAGCAGUUUCUAUCGGAACGACUGUAGGUGGGAUUUUCUGUAUAACGUUAUCAGCUGUCGGUGUGUGGUGUAUGAUGAAACGAAAACAUCAAAAACAACAACCGGUCGUCAUGCAAUACGAAGACCUUAUCGGACAAAGGGGACAUGACGAAACUUUUAAUACAAACGCAAGUUAUGAAAUCUGCGAAUUUGAUUCCAGACCGGAAAACAAAUACGAAGCUCUCGAAGAAACUUCUCUGCGCGAGUAUUCGAUUCUUUCACUAGACAACACACAACGCAAGAACACAGAGAGCGCUGCUAAUGCGUCUUUGUCAUCAUCGACAGCCGAUAAAGAAUACGAAAAUCUGAGACUAACUUAAAACAAACACACGAUUAUCAAUGUUAGUUGUUUUGUUUUCGACAUCAGUAUAUUGCAUGAAUAAAUAAAACUGUAAACAAACAGUUAAAGGGCAUAACGUCAACCUGUUGAAACAAACUUUAAGAAGAAAACGUGUGCAAUUAGCUGCUUUUUGUUUAUGCUUACAUAGGCUGUGAUUCAACUUCAUGGAAUUUCGGCAUCGGUAAAAAGUCAGUCUUUCGAAUAUUUAUAAAACCGGUUCCUAUCAUAAAGUCAUGUGCUAGUUCAAUCCUCCUUCCAAACAAGUCUCAACAGGAAAUAUCACAUCUUGGCCAAAGCUUGAUGGUGGAUCUGUUUGAUGGCAAGUCAAAUAUUCAUAAAAAAAAUGUUAAUGAACAGUAAAUUCAAACAAGACAUUCAUGAUUGCAUAGUCACUUGCCUGUAGUGGUGCAACAUUAAAUUGAUUUAUCAAAUAUAUCAUGAUCUUAAUGCCUCAGAUAACAAUGCAUCUAUAGCAAACUCAUUUCUUUAUUACUGGCAGUAUGGUAGACAUUUAUUUUUAAGUUUCAUGAAAUUCCAUACAAAAGUUACUGAGAACAGCUAAGAAAAGUGUGACAGACCCCAGUUCAGACAGUCAGAAUAAUAGACGGAAUGAAAAUACCAAACAAUAUCAUUAUCACAAGCUUACUCCAACAUUAUAUAUAAUUGUUCUUACCCUUAAAACAUCUUCUGUGCUUCAUUCUCAUAAGUGUCUGAAACAAAGUAGUACUUGUUAGUGUUACUUAUUGUUUUUCAGCAAAUUGUCAUUGUUCAUUGCCUAACAAGUUCAAAUAUAAAUAUCAAGUAAA